AUGAUUACCUGGAGCUCCAUUGCGCGCACCUUCCAGCGGUUCAAACUACCAGUUCCACCGGGGUUCCUUGUUACAACCCCAGAGCAAGCCAGGCAUGUUGUCUCUGUGAUAAGUAAGUCCACACCAUCCUCUCCAGUUCCCCGUGCUACCGAAACCAACAUCCCGUCAGAUGGACCAUCAAUGAUAAAAGCCCAAGUCCUCGCUGGUGGCCGCGGCAAAGGCAAAUUCAACAGCGAUGGUAAAAGCGGCGUCCGUCAGGUCUACUCACCAGAUGAAGCCUUCAAAAGCGCCACCAACAUGCUCGGGUACUACCUAACAACAGCGCAAACCCCAGAAGACGGACUCCGCGUCGACAAGCUCUACAUCUACAAAGCUAUGUCCAUCGCACAGGAAUUCUACCUCGCAAUGACAUUUGAUCGACAGCACGCCUCACCAGUACUACUAAUCUCCUCAUCCGGCGGAACGGAUAUCGAAUCAAACGUCGACAAGCUGCACAAACUCUGGUUCGGACUUUCGACCGGCAUCACCGACGAGAUCGAUGCAUAUAUCCAAGCCGAGCUUGGAUUCUCGGAUCUCGAGAUGAAGGAUAUACACCGGAUCCUGGUGCGGAUGGUCAAGUUGUUCAAGGAGAAAGACGCGACACUACUUGAGUUGAAUCCGCUGGUGCGUACGGAGGAAGGGGAGUUCAUUUGUCUGGAUGCUAAGUUCGGGUUUGAUAAUGCGGCGCGGUAUAGACAGGAGGGGAUCUUUGCAUUGGAGGAACGAUCGCCGGAACAAGAGGAGGAACAUCAGUUGGCAGAAAUGGGGCUGAGUUAUGUGCGGCUUGAUGGGAAUAUUGGGAAUAUUGUUAAUGGCGCUGGGUUGGCGAUGGCGACUAAUGAUCUUAUUAGUUUGUAUGGAGGGAAAUGUGCGAACUUUUUGGAUGUUGGGGGUGCGGCGACGAAGGAGACUUUGUCAAAGGCUUUUGGGGUUUUGAUGAGGGAUCGGAGGAUUAAGGGGAUUUUGAUCAAUAUUUAUGGUGGUAUUGUGCGAUGUGAUAUGAUUGCUGAGGCGAUUGUUGCUGCUGCUAGUGAGAUGGGGGGUUUCAAAUGCCCCGUUGUGGUUCGGUUGCAGGGGACUAAUUCCGAAAAGGGAUUGAAGCUGAUCGAACAAUCUGGGUUGGAUAACUUGGUUGUAGAAGCCGACUUUGAGAAAGCUGCUCGAAUGAUCGUGAAGCAAACAACCGGGGUUGAAUUGUAA